GGUGGGUUUCACAUCAUCGCAUGCCGCAGAGAACCGGAAUGUCGAGAAGCUUCUCAUCGAGGCCGGCCGUGCGCUGGUAUCUUCGCACAGCUGGAUAACUUCAAUAAAAUUCAUCGAUAAAAGAUAAGUUCGCAGCAGGCUAGCCCUGCAGGUCAUGGAUGUUACGUUCUCCAACGUAUUGGAGGGGGCGCGACAAUACUUCCAGGGGCUGCCAACGGGCAGCGGCUCGACGGUGAGCCCCGCCUACUCUUCGGAGUCGCACCUCCGUAGUAACCCUGUGUACUCCUCGGAUCCGCACCUCAGAAACAGUCCGGCUACGUAUUCGACAGAUCAACAGCUUCAGCGGAACAGUCCGGCCUACUCUACCGAAACGCACAUCCGAAAUGAUCAGGGGAGCGUCAACAGGACGAUGGCCCAGUCUUCGAACGCUUAUUGGCCUCCCCCUCAGUCUUCUGAAUCUGUUAGGGAGCUGGCCCAUCCACAGCAGCAGCAGCAACCGCAGACUAGGGAGCACACUCCCGUUCACAGGCCGCCUUCUCAUAGUUCGGACUCUUCCAGACCGCCUUCCCACUCAUCGCAGUAUACUCCAAAUCUGACAGCAGAAACGAGCAGGACUUCGUAUACGGGAUCUUACCAGGAACAGUAUCAGACUUCUCAGAUGUCACAACAAUUGCAUCAGCAUCAACAACCACCGCAUGUGCAGCAGCAUCAGCAGCAGCCUCAGCAAUCUCAACAACAUCAACAAUCACCGCAUCAAAUGUUACACCAGCAGCACUCUCAUCAACAACUUUCGCAACCUCACCAACAACAGCAUUCGCAAACUCAUCAACAACAGCAUUCGCAAACUCAUCAACAACAACAUUCGCAACCUCCCCAGCAACAAUAUUCGCAACAGUCUCCACGUUUACAACAAUCUCCACGUUUGCCACAAUCUCCCAGAUCGCAACAGUCGCCUCUUUCACAGCAGCAACAGCAGCAACAACAGUUUCAAUUCUCCCGACCACACGCCAGAGAAGCUCCAUCGAAUUUUCCACAGUACCAAACGCUUACCUCUAGCGGUUCUCCAUACCACCAAGCGCACUCGCCCUAUCACCAAGUUCCUUCACCUCAGCAGCCUCGAGCGCCUUCUCGCGAGCAAAUAGUACCGAGAGUGCCAUCGCGGGAACAAUCCGUUCCGAGAGUGCCGUCGCGAGAACAAUCCGUUCCCAGAAUUCCCUCACAGGAACAGUUAGUUCCUAUAACGUCUCCGAGAGAGCAACAGCAGUACCCACAGGCCUCGGAAAGCUACAGCUUUCAACAGACGCGUUCCUACUACCCGCAGACGAAAACUGCACCUAGCAAUACGAACUACAAACCGGGACCGCAGCAGUCUUACCCGACAUCGAGCCAACAGCACCAACAAAGCGUUUACUACAAGCACAUUUACUCGCCGCAGCAGAACCACCAGUCGGUUUACGCGAAUUCAAGGCAAGAAGAGCAGGCAAGUUCGAGAAGUGGCGUUAAUGAACAAGGUGUGAGAACGACGCACAACCUGCCACCCAUCGCCGCCAUAUCAAAUUAUCAUUCCAGUCGCGCCAGCAGAGAAACCGCGAGGAACGUGAACAGUACGACAUCGCGUACCCGAACUUUCAGUUCGAGUUCAUUGUCGAGGGGCGGAACUCCUGCUUCCGUCAGUUCCAUCAUACAGCCAAACCCAGUGGUGGCGCCAGUGUCCAGCUAUCAGUCCAGCUAUCAGUACACGACUCCCCAGUAUCAACAUGCGCCGAGUGUUGUGACCACACAGUCUUGCAGCCAAGUAAUAAUGACUGCUUCCAGUAAUACCACGAGCUACUUUACGGGUCAGCAGUACCAUCAGCAGGCCGCGCAGGCGUUACCUCGGGCUCAAACUAGUAGCGAGCUCGCUGCCUCCAACUCCUUGGACCAGAGCCCAAACAGUCGGACUGCGAAACCACUAGACCUGUCAGUAAAGACCGUCAGAACGCCGGCAGAUUCGACAUUAGGAGACGCUGAACAUGAAGCUAGAAACAAGUUCUAUCAUAACCAGAGGUCCUCCCAGUCAAUUUCCGCUCACAACUAUCCCCAACUGGACUAUAGUUCGUUUCAACGAAAUCUUGCACAGAGAUCGGCACAGUUGCCGACCGCCACUGCUCCAAAAGUAGAAUUCCGGCCUAAUUUCAACGUCCCGUCGCUGAGUCAACCUAGGCGACCUGUUGAAGAGCCUAGACACAACGUACUACCUGAAAAAGCCCAUUCCAAUAGUAGACUAAUUCCUGAAAUGAAAUCUCCACCGUAUAGGUACUCUGCAGUGUCGGUACCCGCUACGGCUCACGCCAACUCGUAUGUGCAAGCAGCCCCGAAGGUUACUCCGAACAAUGUGUCCCGAGUUAGUCAAAGCGACUUGUUGAGGAAGAGGCCGUCCGAUGUAACACCGGCAUUGAUCCCCAAUAAGGUGCCUAAGGUGGCCGACACAUGGCGGCAGUCCAUAGAUUUACAAAUCGAAGAGAGAUUGUCCAACUAUAAGCAGCAGCAGCAAGCCCAGCUAGCGUCUCCGUCCAGCAAAACGACGCCUAUGGUCAACGGCGUCUACCAGGAAAAGGCGAAAGAUUUGUACGCCGGAUACCAAAAGCAGAGUUAUGAGAACACAGCGCGGUGUACUCAGUACCAGACGCAAACUAAUCAUUGCCAGACUUAUGUGCCAUCUCCUGCGGCUCACCAAUAUCCAACUUACACCGGCUAUUCUCAACAGCAGCCGUCAAACGCAUACUUGCAGUCUAGUUCGAGAUCUAAUUUGGCGAAUUCAAAGAGUAAUUUUUCUGGACCUGUUGAUAAGAAGGUGUUGAGUCUACUAAGAAACAGCUUGGAGGUGAGAGCAGUCAAGGAGCAGAAAAAGCUGGAACAACUCAAGUCCAAUGACAACCUAGCGCAGCAUCCUCGCUCCGACGUCCAGCACCCGUCCACUGAUGUCACAGCGCCGCUGCAACCCAAGCCGGGAUUCGUCAACAGGAACAACGUGUCGCCCUUUACGCCGACCAGUUUUCCGGAGAGCGGAAACAUGGCGUCGAUGUACAAGUUCCACCUUCCGAAAGCCAUUGACUCUGUCAAUUUCGAGAGCGGCAAACCCGUCAAGCCGAUGGACACCGUCAUCAACAACAAUGUGGGCUCUGACUACGACGGUCUGGCAGCUGCAGCUUUUUUAGCGGCGCGGAUACGAACAAAAGGCGAGUUGAAGCAGGGCGCCACGGAGGUCGUCUGCAACAACAAGAGUCAGCUGCAGGAUAUCAUCGAGAACCAGUUGAAAUCGCCCAUGAAGCAAGACGCGCCACAAAUGUUCAUUAACGCAAGCAGUACCCCAGGUAGUACAAGUCCUCCGAAACCUUCCAAGGAACAACGCCAGGCUUUUGCGCCCCGAAAGAGGCUCUUCAGCAGAAAUGAAGAGGACCUCAACAACCUCGGCGUGCCGCACAGAGACAAGUCGGGCUUGAGAAGCUCGUCGGAGACGUCCGUAUUCGAUUUCCCGGACUCUGACUCGGAGAAUGACGCCGGCAGGGAGUCGCUGGAAGCGAUGCGGAAGGGCAGAAAGACGACCAAACAAAGCACUCCCAUUAUCGAGGUGAAGGAAGAGUCUUCUCCUCCGCCGCCGAGUCCUAGCGAUGAUAUUUUCGCUCAACUCUGUGAUAAUUUCGUCGAGCAACUGAAGAGUGGCGCCAUCAAAAAGAAAUGUAAUAAGAAGAAAAAGACCGUUGAGCCUGAAGUGCUGGCCAUGUUGGAGAGCGUUACUAGAGAGCAACCGCUCGAAGGGGAGGUAAAGGAAACGGAGGAGGUCGAAGAAGAGUCGAAAGAAGAAUCCAAGGAAGAUUUGAGCGAGAUGAAAACUGAGGAAGCCGUUCCUUUGGAGACGACUUUGGAUUCCGUGCUGGAGUCAACAUUGGAAUCCAUCAGAAGCAAUUUGGAGACUGGAUCCGAAUCAAAAGUUGGAGACGUGUCUAGCGAUCUGAUAACGGACGUUCUAAUGUCGAACGAAAAUGAGAAUAAAGAGGAGGAUCGAGUGUUUCUGAAUAAGAAACGCGGCGUCAGGAGAAGGCUGGUUUCUUCCAGUGAUAGCGAAACUGAGACGGUGGAUAAAAUCGAAGAAAAACCUGAGGUCCAAGAACCGAAGCCUCCGGAAGAGGUGAAACCGGAAAAGGUGAAAUCGGAAGAGGUGAAACCGGAAGAGGUCAAACCGGAACAGGAGUCAUUGCAGGACAGCAAAGAAACCCAGUCACCCCAAAAGACGCCUGAUAUACUCCCGAUAGCUCGGCCAUCGAAAAAGCCAUGCUUUGGAGACGGCUCCGGGUUUUACCCCGGCUGGGAGGAGGGCGAGUUCAAGUACAAAAAAUCGCUUCGAAUGCCUCCCUCACUUAUCCAAGUAUCGAGGCCACCACAAUUCCAUAGACUUUCUACUUCGUUGCCAGAUUUGGAUCCGUGUCCUCAUUCUCCAACCACUUCCAUUCCGACGGACGACAAAGAUAGUCCCAGAGACGGAAAAUUCAAGAUAAAGAAUAUCAAAUCCGAACCUCUAGAAAGCGAUAACGAAUCGAACUCCAGUUUCAACAUCUUUAACAAAAAGACUAACUACGACUCAGAGGGAGGAACUUCGGUGCGGAGCCUACCGAAUACGGCCAAGGAGCGGUCGAUCCUGGACAAACUGCUCGAAAAGUGCGGCGGUAGGAAGAAAAAGAAGUACAAGAGAAAAGACGACCACAGCCCGAAGGUCAUCCCGAAAGCCGACAACCCGGUAGAGUUGCUGCCGACACCUAGCUUGGAGAUAAAAGAGGAGAACUCGAAGGAAACGAAGAAGCUGUCCAAUUCACCGGUGAUCAAAAGCGAAUCUCCUCUUCUGGGCUUCCGGCAGACGACCAUCAACAACUUCAAGGAUGCUUUUAUAAAGAGCUCGAACAAUAUUGUCGGCGUCAACGAGUUCGCGACGGUGGUGCUAAAGUCACGGACCAGAAGGGAAACCAGGGUGCAGAAACAGAGAGCCACGAUCAAAGAGGUAUUCGGGGAAGACCGACCCGCUUCCGCCCCGCCGGUUACGUGCUUGAACGACAUUCAAAUCAAAGAAGAGAUUUUAGACGACAAUGCCUGUAACCUCGUGAUACGAUUGGAGAAGAAAAGCGAACUCGCGGAGAAGGUGUCAGAUGUCGUAGCGAAGCCUGGCGAAGUUUCCGUCAAAGAAAAGAAGAAGGAUGACAGUUUGUUUAGGGCUAUAGUGGAGAAGACUAUCAAGACUGAGUUGGAGGACGAGACCGUCGCCGAAGAUGACACCAGGAGUCUGGGGGGUGUCACGACCAAGUCCGAAACGCCUUCCGCAGACGGAGAUGACGGGAGCGUCUCUGGUAAGCGGCGAGGCAAGUUCGGUAAAAUGCGCCGGAAGCUGAGCUCCGGUUUCGAUUAUAUCAGGAAGAAGAAGAAAGUGAAAAAGGAGAACGCAGAGAAUGAGGGCGGCGAGAAGAAGAAGAAGAAGAUUGUCAUAUCCAAGACUCUGGAGUCUGUCGACGAUAUCCAGAAGGAGAUUAAGACUUGGGUGCUGAACAAAGGGAUUGGAGAGACUCAUCUGCAUCGAGCUGCCAGAUUGGGAUAUACGAAUAUGCCACUCCACGAAGCUGCUGAAAAUGGUUUUGUCGAGAUAGCAAGGUUACUCUUGUCAUAUGGUGCUGAUCCGACGCUGGCAACUUAUUCUGGAAUGACGCCUUUGGCAUUGACGAACGACGAAGUGACCAAAGACUUUCUCAAAAAUCAUUUGAAUGACAUCGAAGGCGAACCCAGUUCGCAGUGGAUCUCCUUUGGACCCGCUUCCGUACUCGAUCCCAUCGAUCUCAUGGGCUACAACCACCUGGACGACAUUCCGGCGACAGACCCCGAAUCCGAAGAGGAGGACAUCGAGUUUGAAAUGUCGGAGUCGCUUCUUCCCAACCUAUACACACUCCGCAAUGAGCUACCUGCCGACCGGUGGGUGCUGCUGCAAGACCUCUCGAACCUCCUGAAGAUCAAGUCGAGAGAUGCGCUGCUCAAGCAGAUUUGCCCGCCUUCUACGUCCACCUCGACGUCCUAUAAAACCGUUUUGAGGGAACUGAAGAUGUCCGACUUCCUCGAGCAGGCGCAUUGCUGUCAGUUCUUGAAUGCGGGUGAGAAAAUCAACACGCGCGCCUCCAAAAUCGCGCUCGUCAAAUACACUGAUAAGGUGAAGGAACUGCUCCAAGUGGAAAGUGUUUCGAUAACGGCCAGGUGACCCGAGGAGAUCACCUCGUAGACUUUUUUUUAAAUUUUAUACGGGACGUGAUAUUAUCUUCUAUUGUGAUUUAGAUUUGCAAUUUUGUUAAAACAUGCGAAGUUUUAUUUUAUGACUUUCUUUUCAUUACUUGUUUUGCUUUCUGCUGGUAGAGAUGGAAAUUUUCAGGUUCGAUAAGGUUCGGGUUAUGUUAGUUAUUCAUUGGUUAUAUCUUUCAUUAUUAGUUGAUUGAAAAAAUACAUAUCAUCACUUUUAUACCUUCCUAUAUAGCCAUAGUAGUGUUUCUUUUUACUUCCAUAUACUAUCAUACAACUUCUCUAUACCUUGAUAGGAAGAUUCGAUACGUCUGGCUUCAGAUGACUGUAUUAAAAAACACUGUUUUCAUCAGUAUCAGAAAAUACUGACACUUCUGAUAGUGCCGACUGAGAAAGACGCGUCGAGAGAUUGUAUUUUGCUCUGGUGUGGAAAAAGUAAUUUUCAAUAGAUUUUUUAUGUCUCUUUAUCUGUGUAUCUAAGUGAGAAGUACCUAGAUAGUUACCCUCAGCGUAUCAUUUGUCUCUGCCUUAUGAUGUUUGAGGCCACCCAUUUCAUAAUAACUAAUUUAACUUGAUUUGUCUCAGUUUGUAUAAAUUUUGCAUCAGAAUAUCUACUCUGAAAUAAAUCUUACUUCAUCCAAAUUUUUACUAACGUGUGGAUAUUUCUUUGCCUUAAACUCAAUGGAUAUGUCUAAUCUCUUAAUAAUAACAUUUAGGCUGUUUACUGCCGCGAAAAGGAGAGGUAUGGUAAUAUAUGGGAGGAGAAAAGGAAUAAAAUUAAAAAUGAUUUCAUACUCAAAGUGUCCUUUAUGGUGUAAUAUUUGGAUGCGACAAGAAUUGAAUUUUCUGUUUCAUUUAAAGAAUAUAAUAUUUCCCAAAUUUCAGUUUUUUGCGGUUUCAAAACUUGACUAUGUUUACCCUGUCAAUAUUUGGUCUUCCAUUUUAUAUUCUGAUUAAGAUUCAUGUUAUCAACCCAAACUUGUCCUGAACAUUAUCGAACUCUACACAUAUUGAACGAAUGAUUAUUUUUUAUGUUGUUGAGUAAUUUUUGAGAAAGUUUAUUUAUUGUUUAAGCAUAGUAAAUAAGUUACCAGCUUUUUUAGAGAAUUUUACAAGAAACAUAUUAGGCUGUAUGUAACGAAAUAAAUAUUAAUGUUGUGAAAGUGCAAUUUCGUGUGAGAGAUUACGAAAUGUUUUCUCUGUAGAGUGUGAGAACUUGAAUAAUUUUGGAGUCUCUUCAUGGACAUUGCUUCGUAGGUCGAUGAAUUUAUGCUGAAAAUUGAAUCAAAUGAUACUCAAACUGGGUAAAUAAUUGUAAGAUAUUUGUUAUCAAAUUGCUCAGGGACCGUACUCAUUUUCGAGUAAGUACUAUAGUAAGUUAUAAUAAUAUCAAUAGAAAUUGUAAUAAUACUAAUGAUAAUGACCGUUUGUAUAAAUGUAAUAUUUUACUCUUUUGAGUGUUAAAAAUGACAGAAUUCCUUGUAAAUAUUCCUUGUGUAUGUAUUUUUUAAUGCUGGGAAGCUUGUUUUUUCUAUAUAAAUGGACGUAACUAUGAAUAACAUGACGAGUCGGAUAUAGCGGCUUUUUGAAAAAUUUUAUACUGGUUUCCAUUCUGUUUCUGUAAUUCAUUUUAAUAUUCACAGUUAUUGUGAAAUGCAAUUUUAUUCCCAUGGAACUAAUGCAAUUUCUGUGUAAUUUCAGGAAUAUGAAAAAAUAUUUGAAAUUUUUCACUUACUUUUUUUCAUGUAGAAGUUGAUGGACAAUAAAUUUAAUAUUAUCUCCAAAUUCCAAUUUUCUCGCAAUUUCUGGCUCGCCCUGUAUAAGUGUCUCUCAACAUAAUCAAUCGAGUUAACAAGCAUAAUAAUUUUCAUUUUGCUUUUCAAUAUAUUUGGAUAGUUGUACAGUUUAAUGAAGAAAAAAAGAGUUUAUCUGUGAUGCAUAAUCUGGAGGCAAAGUGCAAUGCUUUUUUUUUGCAAUCAAUAUUGUGAUUUUGCCAACUUGUCCUACCUAUCUGUGUGAAUUAGAAUAUAUUUUUUAAUUUAUGAACCUUUUUUCAUAUUUUUAAUGUUUUUGUUCCAUGAAAUAUGUGAAAUACUAAUAAAUAUUAUAUCUAUCCAGUAAA